CGCUCGGUGUCUCAGCUUCUGGCAGACGCGAGCCCCUGACCCCGGGGCUCCGAGCCUUCACCUACCUUUGUUCAGAUUCUCAACCGACUAAUCUGAGACGGAAGCCCCAAACUCUGCCCCUCUGCCCUAUCCCUUGUAAUGGCCCCAGAACUGGUGACCCUCCCCCUCCCGGGCUGGCUCUCCACUUCGUAGCCCCCUCUAGCCUGAUCCGUGAGCCUUUCGCUAACGGGAAUUGAGGCGCACCUCCCAACCCCCACUGGUUGAUGGCCUUUCUGCCCCUCUGGAAGCAGCGGCUCAGUGCCCUUUGAUCUCUGACCCUUCCCCCUGGGCAUAGCCAGCACAAAGCUCUUCCCUCCUGUUGCCUCUUUGCUUCCUCCUCCUCUUCCUCCUCCUGUUUCUCCAGCCUAAGCAUCCUUGCAGGUGCUGAAGCCCCAGAAAGGAGGUGAAGACGGGUUUCUCCUUGCGGACACAGCACGAGCUGGCCUUUGCCCUAUAGGCUGUUGUUCUCAGGAGGCGAAGACAAGCAGCUUACAGCUCUUGCCAAGGGGGCUUCGUGGGGUCCAGGCCCACUCCUCCCUCCUUCCCUCGUCCUCUCAGCUAGCUAUCCUAGAAGACUAUGCGGACCCGUUUGAUGUUCAGGAGACUGACGAAGGCUCAGCAGGAGCUUCAGGAGCCCCAGAGAAGGUCCCUGAAAAUGAUGGCUACAUGGAGCCCUAUGAGGCUCAAAAGAUGAUGGCUGAGAUCCGGGGCUCCAAGGAGACAGCAACUCAGCCCUUGCCUCUGUAUGACACACCCUAUGAGCCAGAGGAGGAUGGGGCCACCCCGGAAGGUGAGGGGGGCCCCUGGCCCCGGGAGUCCCGCCUGCCAGAGGAUGAUGAGAGGCCCCCUGAGGAGUAUGACCAGCCCUGGGAGUGGAAGAAGGAGCGGAUUUCCAAAGCCUUUGCAGUUGACAUUAAGGUCAUCAAAGACCUACCUUGGCCUCCACCUGUGGGACAGCUGGACAGCAGCCCCUCCCUGCCUGAUGGGGACAGGGACAUCUCCGGUCCAGCCUCGCCCCUCCCUGAGCCCAGCCUGGAGGACAGCAGCGCCCAGUUUGAAGGACCGGAGAAGAGCUGCCUGUCACCUGGCCGGGAGGAGAAGGGGCGGCUACCUCCCCGACUCUCUGCAGGGAACCCCAAGUCAGCCAAGCCCCUAAGCAUGGAGCCCAGCAGCCCCCUGGGGGAGUGGACAGAUCCAGCACUGCCUCUGGAAAACCAGGUCUGGUAUCACGGGGCCAUCAGCCGAACCGACGCCGAGAACCUGCUCCGGCUGUGCAAAGAGGCCAGCUACCUGGUGCGCAACAGUGAGACCAGCAAGAAUGACUUCUCCCUCUCCCUCAAGAGCAGCCAGGGAUUCAUGCACAUGAAGCUGUCCCGGACCAAGGAACACAAAUAUGUGCUGGGCCAGAACAGCCCGCCCUUCAGCAGCGUCCCUGAAAUUGUGCACCACUAUGCCAGCCGCAAGCUACCCAUUAAGGGAGCCGAACACAUGUCCCUGCUCUACCCUGUGGCCAUCCGGACUCUUUAGAUGUGAAGCCAGGGCACUGUGAUAGACCUGUACCCAGCCCUGUGCCCAUCACCUGGCUGAGGGCUGUGGCUCUUGCCAGGGACAUGAUCUUUCAAACCUUUCUUCUCCUGGGAUCCAGCAGAAGCUGGAGAUUCCUUAAUUUAUUCUAAAGGGAAAGGGCUCCUGGGGCCUUGGAGUAAGGGGUUGUCUGGAGCUGGGGAAAGAAGAAUCCCUGGAGAGAAAGGAUAGCCCCUGGAGGAAGGGGGUUCCAGAGCUACUGGGAUGGUAGGGAGUUUCAGAUUGGCAGCUCCGGCUCCUUUCCGACCUUAGGGCAGAGGUGGUGACCUCCACCACCACCACCCUCUCCCCACUGGGUCCGUGCGAGGUAGUGCAGAAUUCGGCCCCUUGGGGCGCCUUACCACCUCUCUGCCUCCGUCCCCGACUUCCACCCCAGGCCGUCGGAGGGCUCCGCCCAGAGUCUGGUAAGAGGUUUGGGGAAGACAGGACCCUGGGAAGCAGCCGGCUUUGGGGGGUGGGGAGAGAAGGGGAGGGGCUCGGGCAGAGGGAACUGUGCAGUCCCCAGGCCGCCCCGGCUCCGGGCCAGAGGCAAUAAAUAAACCCGAUCCUGCCGGGCACAGCCGCGCCCGCGCCUCCGGCGCCUUCCCGGGGCUGACGGGGGAGGGAGCGGAGAAGCGAGCGCAGAUUCUGCUUAUAAAUCAGCUCUGGAGCAGACACAGCCCGGCUGUGAAAAGCACUUUCGAAGCAUCAAGUUCCUUUCUUUGACGAGAUGUCAAAACAUCCCCGCCGCCCCCGCCCGGGCUGGGGGCACCCGAGGCCCGCUGGCCGCGCGGCGCCCCCUCCCCGCGGCGCGCGGCUUCCCCGGAGCGCGUCCAAUUUCCUGCCAACAGCCAUUUGUCUGGGAGGAGGGGAGGCGCGGAGAGACAAAGAGGCAGCGCGCCAGGCCGGGGAGCGGGGCGGCCUGCCACGCGGAAGCCGCGCGCCGGCGGAGGCGGGAAGGCUGGCGGGGCGGGCGCGGGGUCCGCGCUUGUCUCCUUGGCCGAGGAACUGAGGGCCUGCAGCGCCUCCCUCGCGCCCUAACGGAAGGGUUUGUCCCGGGCAGACCCUCGGGCGUGGCCGGCCUGCGAGCCCCUAACCACCGGCCCGCGGCCUAGACCGCACCUCGACCGGCGCCCACCGCUGGAACCCGCCCAGGCCUCUGGGCGGACCCGGGGAGGCCCACUGCGUCGCCAGGCGGAGCGGCUCUCAGGCUGCCCCAGGCCCGCCCCACCCCGCGGGCAGGCUGGUCAGGACCCCUCGGCAUGCUGGGCAGGCACCUUCGGGGGACCGCUGAGCCAAAGGGCCGUCUGAGGGCCUCUUCCAGAACCUAAACGUGCAACCUCCAAAGUGUGCUGUGAAUCACAGUACUUGAGAGUUUCUAAACCAGUGGCUAUUUUCUCGAAAUUGAGGAUAUGUGGUAUGCAGGCGUUUUGUGGAAGCAAUGGGAAGGAUCACUUAAAAUUGGGCACUCUUGCCGGGCGCGGUGGCUCACGCCUGUAAUCCCAGCACUUUGGGAGGCCGAGGCGGGCAGAUCACCUCAGGUCGUGAGUUCGAGACCAGCCUAACCAACAUGGAGAAAUACCGUCUCUACUAAAAAUACAAAAUUA